ACGGCGGAGAACGGGGAAAGGACAGCAAAACCGCGGGACAAUAAGGUCCGCUGGCUCCGCAGCUCACAGCAAAGCUGGCCACGGGCCCCGCAGCGCGGCGCUGCCAGGACUCGGCUGUGCGGAGUGGGCUGGAGCCGGGACAGCCGUGUGCCCUCUGCCGGGGCCCGGCCUGUGUCCGGACACAGAGCCCUGUCUGCCCCUCACGAGUGUCCGUCAGGCUGUCAUGUCAUUCUCGAUGGUUUUCCUGUGAACUCCGGAAGGCAGGAGUUGUUCUGGCAGCCUUGAUGGAGAAGGUUAAUUUUGUCACCCUGUGGGCAGACUGUGUCUUUUAGCCAUGGAAAACAGUGAGUUCAGGAUUUGCUGAUCAGAACCUUGCCAGCAACCACAGAAGGACACAUUCUUAUUGCUCUGUGGCAUUGCUGUUGGAAAAAAACCCCAAAAAAACAAAAACCCCACAACACCCAGAAUUCCAAGCAUUCUCGUUCCAAUUUACAGGAGCAAAAUCAGGGACUGAAGUAGUGUACAUCCAGUCCAUAAGCAUGAUGCAGAAACAAUGAAAGUCACAACUAAAUUUUUAACAGUGCAGAACUCUGGCACAAAGUGCAAACUGAAGCAGUUUCAAGGAAGAACACAUUUUGUGUGGUGCUCUUUUAGCCGCUUACCUGCUUUGAGUUUCUACAGUGACCAGCAGUGAAGGGAAAAUAUUAGAUCAUGUCGGAGUUCUGGCUAAUUUCUGCUCCGGGAGACAAAACAAAUCUGCAGGCAUGGGAGAGAAUGAACACUGUGACAUCUAAAUCCAACCUGUCCAGCAACAGUAAAUUCCAUAUUCCAGACUUAAAGGUUGGCACACUGGAUGCUCUUGUUGGUCUGUCAGAUGAGUUGGGAAAACUUGAUAGCUUUGCUGAAAGUGUAAUAAGGAAAAUAGCCCAGUACAUAGGAGAAGUUAUGGAAGACUCAAAAGAUAAAGUCCAGGAAAACCUUCUGGCCAAUGGAGGGCUAAAGGAUAAAAUGAAAUGUCUCCAAAUUGACCUAAUUAGCUACUUGACACGGUUUGAGUGGGACAUGGCCAAAUAUCCCAUAAAGCAGCCACUGAAGAAUAUAUCAGAAGCAUUAACAAAGCAAGUGACUCAAAUAGAAACAGACCUAAAGGCCCGAUCAGCGGCGUACAACAACAUUAAAGGAAAUUUGCAAAGCCUGGAGAAGAAAACAAUGGGAAAUCUGCUGACUCGGACCCUGGCAGACAUUGUGCACAAAGAAGACUUUGUUCUGAAUUCUGAGUAUCUUAUCACGCUGCUCGUCGUGGUGCCAAAGUCAAGCUACCUCCAGUGGCAGAAGACCUAUGAAUCACUCUCAGAUAUGGUAGUACCUCGCUCCACCAAAAUGAUUGCUGAGGAUGCAGAGGGAGGACUCUUCACUGUGACCCUGUUUAGAAAAGUGAUGGAUGACUUUAAGGCUAAAGCCAGGGAGAACAGGUUCAUGGUUCGAGAAUUUUAUUAUGAUGAGAAGGAACUGAAAUGUGAAAAGGAAGAGCUGAUGAAAUUAGCUUCUGACAAGAAACAACAAUAUGGCCCCUUACUACGCUGGCUGAAGGUGAAUUUCAGUGAAGCAUUUGUUGCUUGGAUUCAUGUGAAAGCCUUGAGAGUUUUUGUUGAAUCUGUGCUGAGGUAUGGCCUCCCUGUGAAUUUCCAAGCAAUGCUGCUGCAGCCAAAUAGGAAAUCUGUGAAGCGCCUGAGAGACGUCCUGAACCUGGUCUUCAAACACCUGGAUGAAGUUGCAGCAGCAAGUAUAAUGGAUCCUGGCAUGGACAUCCCUGGGUUACAACUGAGUAAUCAAGAAUACUAUCCUUAUGUCUAUUUCAAGAUUGACCUCAGUCUUCUUGACUGCAGUUAAAGAAGAAUUGCUCAAGCUUCAUCUAUUAAUUUUCAAGACUCUCAUGUUACUGUAAAACAAUCUUCAGCUGCUGAAAGUAAAAUUAAAAUGCAGAUGCUGUAGCAGGAUGAUCUUCCUACCACUUCUAGUAAUUUUUACAGUGACUACAAUGUAAGUUCUCUUAUUCAUAGUUUUACAAAAACAUAUUUCAGAGGCAGAGGUACUAUGGUAGUAUUUAUUUUUUUUUUUUUUGGUAAAUUACAAAGAUGGAAUAUCUACUGGACUUGAAAUAAAACAAUUGAAAAAGUGUGGUGGCUAAUGGA